AGAACUCUCAGCCACCAAGAAAGACCGUGUGAAUCAUUGUCUGACCAUAUGUGAAAACAUAGUGGCUCAGUCUCUCAGAAAUUCUCCAGAAUUUCAGAAGCUUCUGGGCAUUGCCAUGGAGCUUUUUCUGCUGUGCAGUGACGACGCAGAGUCGGAUGUCAGGAUGGUGGCUGACGAAUGCCUCAACAAAGUCAUAAAAGCUUUGAUGGAUUCUAAUCUUCCGAGGUUACAGUUAGAACUCUAUAAGGAAAUUAAAAAGAACGGUGCCCCUCGGAGCCUGCGUGCCGCCCUCUGGAGGUUCGCCGAGCUGGCUCACCUGGUCCGGCCUCAGAAAUGCAGGCCUUACUUGGUGAACCUUUUGCCCUGUCUGACUCGAACAAGCAAGAGACCCGAGGAAUCUGUUCAGGAGACCUUGGCUGCAGCUAUACCCAAGAUUAUGGCUUCUUUUGGCAAUUUUGCAAAUGACAAUGAAAUUAAGGUCCUGUUAAAGGCAUUUGUAGCCAACCUGAAGUCCAGCUCCCCGACUGUGCGGCGGACGGCGGCUGGCUGCGCCGUGAGCAUCUGCCAGCACUCCCGAAGGACGCAGUAUUUCUACAGCUGGCUGCUGAACGCACUCUCAGGUUUGCUGGUCCCUGUGGAGGAUGAACACCCCACCCUCCUGAUUCUUGGGGUGCUGCUCACAUUGCGGUACCUGGUGCCCUUGCUGCAGCAGCAAGUCAAGGACACGAGCCUGAAAGGCAGCUUUGGGGUGACACGGAAAGAAAUGGAAGUCUCUCCCUCGACAGAGCAGCUGGUGCAGGUCUACGAACUGACUCUGCGGUACACGCAGCACCAGGACCACAACGUCGUGACUGGGGCCUUGGAGCUCCUGCAGCAGCUCUUCCGGACGCCGCCCCCAGAGCUCCUGCAGGCGCUGACCACGGCCGGCGGCCUGGCGCAGCUCCCCGCCACCAGAGACCAGCCCGGGGGCCGCGGCCGCAGUGGGAGCAUCGUGGAACUUAUAGGGAAAGUGCUCUUUGGAGAAGCAGCCACCUUGGAGGAUGACUCUGAGUCAAGGUCGGAGGCCAGCAGCCCAGCCUUCACAGCCUCAGCCAAGGGUGAGAUUGGUGGUGAACUGGCUGCCUCUUCCGGGGUCUCCACUCCUGGCUCUGCCAGCUCAGCCGCCGACUCCACGGGUCACGACAUCAUCACUGAGCAGCCCCGGUCACAGCACACAUUGCAGCCGGAUUCGGUGGAUCUGACUGGCUGUGACUUGACGAGCACUGCCACCGAUGGGGACGAGGAGGACAUCUUGAGCCACAGCUCCAGCCAGGUCAGUGCUGUCCCGUCCGACCCUGCCAUGGACCUGAACGAUGGGACCCAGGCCUCCUCACCCAUCAGCGACAGCUCCCAGACCACCACCGAAGGACCAGAUUCAGCCGUGACCCCUUCGGACAGUUCUGAAAUCGUGUUAGAUGGCGCCGACAGCCAGUAUUCAGGGAUGCAGCUUGGACCGCCGCAGGAGGACGGCGACGAGGAACCCACGGGCAUUCUUCCCGAUGAAGACUCAGACGCUUUCAGAAACUCUGCCAUCGCCCUUCAACAAGCACACCUGUUGAAAAGCAUGGGCCACAGCAGGCAGCCCUCUGAUAGCAGUGUAGAUAAAUUUGUGUCGAGAGAUGAAGCCGCCGAGCCAGAUCAGGAAAACAAGCCUUGCCGGAUCAAGGGUGACAUAGGACAGUCCACCGACCAUGAUUCUGCUCCCCUUGUCCAUUGUGUCCGCCUUUUAUCUGCUUCAUUUUUGCUAACCGGGGAAAAAAAUGCGCUGGUUCCGGACAGGGACGUGAGGGUCAGCGUGAAGGCGCUGGCGCUCAGCUGUGUCGGCGCCGCCGUGGCCCUUCAUCCUGAGUCUUUCUUCAGCAAACUUUACAAAAUACCUCUUGACACCACGGAAUACCCUGACGAGCAGUACGUCUCGGAUGUCCUGAACUACAUCGCUCACGGAGACCCGCAGGUCCGCGGGGCCACGGCCAUCCUGUGUGGGACCCUCAUCUGCUCCAUCCUCAGCAGGUCUCGCUUCCGAGUGGGGGACUGGAUGGGUGCUGUCAGGACUCUGACAGGAAGUACAUUUUCUCUGGUGGACUGCGUUCCUUUGCUGCAGAGAACUUUGAAGGAUGAGUCUUCCGUUACUUGCAAGUUGGCUUGUACUGCUGUGCGGCAUUGCGUCGCGAGCCUGUGCAACAGCAGCUGCAGUGACCUGGGCUUACAGCUGAUCACCGACGUGCUGAGCCUGCGGAGCAGCUCGUACUGGCUGCUGAGGACGGAGCUGCUGGAGACCCUCGCAGAGGUUGACUUCAGGUUGGUGAGCUUCUUGGAGGCAAAGGCAGACCACCUUCACCGCGGGGCCCACCAUUACACGGGGCUGCUGAAACUGCAGGAGCGGGUGCUCAGCGGCGUCGUCCUCCACCUGCUCGGGGACGAAGACCCCCGCGUGCGCCACGUCGCGGCCGCUUCGCUAGUGAGGCUUGUCCCAAAACUCUUUUACAAAUGUGACCAAGGACAAGCUGAUCCGGUAGUGGCUGUGGCGAGAGAUCAAAGCAGCGUUUACCUGAAACUCCUCAUGCACGAGACGCAGCCGCCCUCCCACUUCUCCGUCAGCACCAUAACCAGAAUAUACAGAGGCUAUAAUUUACUGCCGAGCAUAACGGACGUCACCCUGGAAAAUAACCUCUCGAGGGUCGUUGCAGCGGUGUCUCACGAACUCGUCACGUCCACCACGCGGGCGCUCACCUUUGGAUGCUGUGAAGCCUUGUGUCUUCUUUCAACUGCCUUUCCUGUUUGCAUUUGGAGUUUAGGUUGGCAUUGUGGAGUGCCCCCACUGAGCGCCUCAGACGAGUCUAGAAAGAGCUGCACCGUGGGCAUGGCCUCGGUGAUCCUCGCGCUGCUCUCGUCGGCGUGGUUCCCGCUCGACCUCUCGGCUCACCAGGAUGCUUUGAUCUUAGCCGGAAACUUGCUUGCAGCCAGUGCCCCCAAGUCUCUGAAAAGCCCAUGGACCUCUGAAGAGGAGGCCAGCCCAGCAGCCACCAAGCAGGAGGAGGUGUGGCCCGCUCUGGGAGAUCGGAGCCUGGUGCCCAUGGUGGAGCAGCUCUUCUCCCACCUGCUCAAGGUGGUUAACAUCUGCGCGCACGUCCUGGAUGACGUGGCUCCCGGGCCAGCAGUGAAGGCAGCCCUGCCGUCUCUAACGAACCCGCCGUCUCUAAGUCCGAUCCGACGGAAGGGGAAGGAGAAGGAACCGGCAGAGCAGGCGUCUGUGCCGCUGAGUCCCAAGAAGAGCAGCGAAGCCAGCCCAGCCUCUCGACAAUCCGACACCACAGGGCCAGUUACAGCCAACAAAUCCUCAUCACUGGGAAGUUUCUACCACCUUCCUUCAUACCUCAAAUUGCACGAUGUCCUGAAGGCCACCCACGCCAACUACAAGGUCACCUUGGAUCUUCAGAACAGCUCUGAGAAGUUCGGGGGGUUUCUGCGCUCUGCCCUGGAUGUUCUCGCUCAGAUUCUAGAGUUGGCCACUCUGCAGGACAUCGGGAAGUGCGUUGAGGAGAUCCUAGGGUACCUAAAGUCCUGCUUCAAUCGAGAACCAAUGAUGGCAACUGUUUGUGUUCAACAGCUGUUGAAGACUCUCUUUGGGACAAACUUGGCCUCCCAGUUUGAUGGCUUAUCUUCUAACCCCAGCAAGUGUCAGGGCCGCGCACAGCGCCUCGGCUCCUCCAGCGUGCGGCCGGGCCUGUACCACCACUGCUUCAUGGCUCCGUACACCCACUUCACGCAGGCCCUGGCGGACGCCAGCCUGCGGAACAUGGUGCAGGCGGAGCAGGACCACGACACCUCGGGGUGGUUUGACGUACUCCAGAAGGUGUCCACCCAGCUGAAGACAAACCUCACAAGUGUCACGAAGAACCGUGCGGAUAAGAAUGCUAUUCAUAAUCACAUUCGUUUAUUUGAGCCUCUGGUUAUAAAAGCAUUGAAGCAGUACACGACAACGACGUCCGUGCAGUUACAGAAGCAGGUUCUGGAUUUGCUGGCACAGCUGGUUCAGCUGCGGGUUAAUUACUGUCUUCUGGAUUCAGACCAGGUGUUCAUUGGGUUUGUGCUGAAGCAGUUCGAAUACAUUGAAGUAGGCCAGUUCAGGGAAUCAGAGGCAAUUAUUCCAAACAUCUUUUUCUUCCUGGUAUUACUAUCUUAUGAACGCUAUCAUUCAAAACAGAUCAUCGGAAUUCCUAAAAUCAUUCAGCUCUGUGAUGGCAUCAUGGCCAGUGGGAGGAAGGCUGUGACACAUGCCAUUCCGGCUCUGCAGCCCAUAGUCCACGACCUCUUCGUGUUAAGAGGAACCAAUAAAGCCGACGCAGGAAAAGAGCUGGAAACCCAGAAGGAGGUGGUGGUGUCGAUGUUGCUGAGGCUCGUCCAGUACCAUCAGGUGCUCGAGAUGUUCAUUCUGGUCCUGCAGCAGUGCCACAAGGAGAGCGAAGACAAGUGGAGGCGGCUCUCGCGGCAGAUAGCCGACGCCAUCCUCCCGAUGCUCGCCAGACAGCAGAUGCACAUCGAUUCUCACGAAGCCCUCGGAGUGUUAAACACUUUAUUUGAGAUCCUGGCCCCUUCCUCCCUCCGGCCCGUGGACAUGCUUUUACGGAGUAUGUUUGUCACUCCAGAUACAAUGGCAUCUGUGAGCACUGUUCAGCUCUGGAUCUCGGGAAUCCUGGCCAUUCUGAGGGUUCUGAUUUCCCAGUCAACCGAAGAGAUCGUUCUUUCUCGGGUCCAGGAGCUCUCCUUCUCGCCGUACUUACUCUCCUGUCCAGUAAUUAACAAGUUAAGAGACGGGGAGAGUGGUUCAGGCCCAGAGGAGCGCAGCGAAGGGAAGCAGGUGAAGAGUUUGCCGGAGGAAACGUUUUCAAGGUUCCUCCUGCAGCUGGUGGGCGUCCUCUUGGAGGACAUUGUUACGAAGCAGCUGAGAGUGGAAGUGAGCGAGCAGCAGCACACCUUCUACUGCCAGGAGCUGGGCACGCUGCUCAUGUGCCUGAUCCACGUCUUCAAGUCCGGAAUGUUCCGGAGAAUCACAGCGGCCGCCUCUAGACUCCUCACCGCUGACGGCGCCGAUGGCAGUUUCUACAGCCUGGAGAGCUUGAACGCGUGCGUGCGCUCCAUGAUCCCCACACACCCGGCCCUCGUGCUGCUCUGGUGCCAGAUCCUGCUGCUCGUCAGCCACACCGACUACCGCUGGUGGGCCGAGGUGCAGCAGACACCCAAAAGACGCAGCCUGUCCAGCAGGAAGUCGCUGAGCCCCGCUGCGUCUGGAGAGGAGGAGGACUCCGCCCCAGCGCCCAGACCUGGAGUGUGCAACAGAGAGAUCGUUCGGAGGGGCGCCCUCAUCCUCUUCUGCGAUUACGUCUGUCAGAACCUGCACGACUCGGAGCACCUGACGUGGCUCGUCGUGAACCACAUUCAGGACCUGGUCGGCCUGUCCCACGAGCCUCCCGUGCAGGACUUCAUCAGCGCCGUCCACCGCAACUCCGCCGCCAGCGGCCUCUUCAUCCAGGCGAUCCAGUCCCGCUGCGAAGACCUGUCAUCCCCCACCACCCUGAAGAAAACGCUUCAGUGCCUGGAAGGGAUCCACCUCAGCCAGUCGGGCGCCGUGCUAACGCUGUACGUGGACAAGCUUUUGCGUACUCCGUUCCGCGUGCUGGCUCGCAUGGUUGACACCCUUGCUUGUCGCCGGGUAGAAAUGCUUUUGGCUGCAAAUUUACAGAGCAGCAUGGCCCAGUUGCCCGUGGAAGAACUCAACAGAAUCCAGGAGUACCUUCAGAGCAGCGGCCUGGCCCAGAGACACCAAAGGCUCUAUUCCCUGCUGGACAGGCUUCGUCUUGCCACUUCACCAGGGUCUCCUGGCCCUUCUCCUCCGGUCACGUCCCACCCACUGGAUGGGGACGGCUCCUUGGCCCUGGAGACAGUGAGUCCAGACAAAGACUGGUACGUCCGCCUCGUCAGAUCCCAGUGCUGGACCAGGUCAGACUCUGCGCUGCUGGAGGGGGCGGAGCUGGUGAAUCGGCUGCCCCCGGAGGACAUGGGUGCAUUCAUGAUGAACCCGGAGUUCAACGUGAGCCUGUUGGCCCCAUGCCUGGGCCUGGGCCUGCGGGAAAUUUCCGGAGGCCAGAAGAGUCCCCUCUUCGAAGCAGCUCGUGUGGCGACUCUAGACCGUGUGACCAGUGUGGUCCAGCAGCUGCCUCCUGUCCAUCAAGUGCUCCAGCCCUUCCUGCCUGCGGAGCCCGCCACCUACUGGAGCAAGUUGAGCGAUCUGUUCGGCGACGCUGCGUGGUACUGCACGCUGACCACGCUGGCCCGGGCCCUGGCCCAGUACCUGCUGGUGUUCUCCAAGCUGCCCGGCCACCUGCGCCUUCCUCCUGAGAAGGAGAGGGACAUUGUGAAGUUUGUGGUCACGACCCUCGAGGCGCUGUCGUGGCGUGUGAUCCACGAGCGCGUCCCGCUGAGUCUGGACCUCCAGGCCGGCCUCGACUGCUGCUGCCUGGCUCUGCAGCUGCCCGGCCUCUGGAGCACGCUGUCCUCCCCGGAGAUGGUGACCCACGCCUGCUCCCUCAUCCACUGCGUCCGGUUCAUCCUGGAAGCCAUCGUGGUGCAGCCUGGGGACCAGCUGCUCAGUCCAGAAAGACGGACAGACACCCCGAAGGCUGCCAGAGAGGACGGGGUGGACUCGCCCACGCAGAGUCCCGAGUACGUUACAGCGGCCUGUGGGAUGGUGGCGGAAAUGGUGGAGUCCCUGCCGUCCGUGCUGUCCUUGGGGCACAGGAGGAACAACAACACGCCCGCAUUUCUCACGGCGGUGCUCAGGAACAUCGUGGUCAGCCUGGCCCGCUUACCCCUCGUCAACAGCUACACGCGGGUCCCCCCCCUGGUCUGGAAGCUUGGAUGGUCACCCAAGCCAGGAGGGGACUUCGGCACGGUGUUCCCUGAGAUCCCCGUGGAGUUCCUCCAGGAAAAGGAAGUCUUCAAGGAGUUCAUCUACCGCAUCAACACGCUAGGGUGGACCAGCCGUACCCAGUUUGAGGAAACAUGGGCCACCCUCCUUGGUGUCCUGGUGACGCAGCCCCUCGUGAUGGAGCAGGAGGAGAGCCCACCGGAAGAAGACACGGAGAGGACCCAGAUCAAUGUCCUGGCCGUGCAGGCCAUCACCUCGCUGGUGCUGAGUGCGAUGACUGUGCCCGUGGCCGGCAACCCAGCUGUGAGCUGCUUGGAGCAGCAGCCCCGAAGCAAGCCUCUGAAGGCGCUUGACACCAGGUUCGGGAGAAAGUUGAGCAUGAUCAGAGGAAUCGUAGAGCAGGAAAUUCAAGCAAUGGUUUCCAAGAGAGAGAACAUCGCCACCCAUCAUUUAUACCAAGCGUGGGACCCCGUCCCCUCUCUGUCUCCGGCUACUACAGGUGCCCUCAUCGAUCACGACAAGCUUCUGCUGCAGAUCAACCCCGAGCGGGAGCUGGGCGACAUGAGCUACAAGCUCGGCCAGGUGUCUAUCCACUCGGUGUGGCUGGGGAACAACAUCACACCCCUGAGAGAGGAGGAGUGGGACGAGGAGGAGGAAGAGGAGACCGACGUCCCCACACCUGUGUCACCACCCACGUCACCCGUCAACUCCAGGAAGCACCGGGCCGGCGUUGACAUCCACUCCUGUUCGCAGUUCCUGCUUGAGUUGUACAGUCGCUGGAUCCUGCCGUCAAGCUCGGCUCGGAGGACCCCCGUCAUCCUGAUCAGCGAAGUGGUUCGAUCUCUUCUCGUGGUCUCAGACUUGUUCACCGAACGCAACCAGUUUGAGAUGAUGUACGUGACCCUGACCGAGCUGCGGAGGGUGCACCCUCCAGAGGACGAGAUUCUCCUUCAGUACCUGGUGCCUGCCACCUGCAAGGCGGCCGCCGUCCUUGGAAUGGACAAGGCCGUGGCCGAACCAGUCAGCCGGCUUCUGGAGAGCACGCUCAGGAGCAGCCACCUGCCCAGCAAGAUCGGGGCCCUGCACGGCAUCCUCUACGUGCUGGAGUGUGACCUCCUGGAUGACACUGCAAAGCAGCUCAUCCCGGCCGUCAGCGACUAUCUCCUGUCCAACCUCAAAGGCAUCGCCCACUGCGUGAACUCGCACAGCCAGCAGCACGUGCUGGUGAUGUGCGCCACCGCCUUCUACCUGAUCGAGAACUACCCUCUGGACGCCGGGCCCGAGUUCUCUGCGGCGAUAGUGCAGAUGUGCGGGGUGAUGCUGUCUGGGAGUGAAGAGUCCACCCCGUCUGUCGUUUACCACUGCGUCCUGAGGGGCCUGGAGCGCCUCCUGCUCUCCGAGCAGCUCUCCCGGCUGGAUGCAGAGUCGCUGGUCAAGCUGAGUGUGGACAGAGUGAAUGUGCACAGCCCGCACCGGGCCAUGGCGGCCCUGGGCCUGAUGCUCACCUGCAUGUACACAGGGAAGGAGAAAGUCAGCCCGGGCAGAACGUCCACCCCCAGCCCCGCCGCCCCCGACAGCGAGUCCGUGAUCGUGGCCAUGGAGCGCGUGUCUGUCCUCUUCGACAGGAUCAGGAAGGGCUUUCCCUGCGAAGCCAGAGUGGUGGCGCGCAUCCUGCCGCAGUUUUUAGACGACUUCUUCCCGCCCCAGGACGUCAUGAACAAGGUCAUUGGGGAGUUCCUGUCGAGCCAGCAGCCCUACCCACAGUUCAUGGCCACCGUGGUGUACAAGGUUUUCCAGACUCUGCACAGCACGGGGCAGUCGUCUAUGGUCCGGGACUGGGUCAUGCUGUCCCUGUCCAACUUCACGCAGAGGACCCCGGUCGCCAUGGCCAUGUGGAGCCUUUCCUGCUUCUUUGUCAGCGCGUCCACUGGCCCGUGGAUCUCGGCGAUCCUUCCGCAUGUCAUCAGCCGGAUGGGCAAGCUAGAUCAGGUGGACGUCCACCUGUUCUGCCUGGUGGCCACGGACUUCUACAGACACCAGAUGGAAGGCGAGCUGGACCGCCGGGCCUUUCAGUCCGUGUUCGAGGUGGUCGCGGCGCCGGGCAACCCGUAUCACCGCCUGCUAGCUUGUUUGCGGAGCGUCCACAAGGUCGCCACGUGCUGAGCGCCAGGCGGGGCGGCCACAGGCAGUGUCGCCUCUGUCGCGGGGCGGACGCGCUCUCGCAGUGUGGCAGCGGCAGGGAGUACGUGCAGCAACGUUGGGUUGAGCCUGAGUCCGUGCAGAAAGCACGAGCAGUUGCGUCACUGGCCCUUGGCUCUAACUAGUAUUAACUGCCAGCUAACCCGGCGUUCCUGCUCCGACGUCCGGCCUGGCCCUCGUUUCCAGGGCACAGCUGCUCUUGUGUCUGGGACACAAGUCUUCUGCAGGGUGGCCGUUAGCCCCCCUGCUGACUCACAGGCAGGAGGUGACACCAUCGAGCUUUUGAGAGCACUCCCCCACGUCCCCCAGUGGGGCACAGGAAGCCUGGGGCUCGUGGUCCUGCUCCAAGCAGGGCGUGCGCCAGGCGGGGAGGCUGGGAGCAGGACAUCAGCGCCAUACUUCCCUUUCUCUGUGUUCUUCUCAGGAUUUAAAGUUUAAUUGUAUCAGUAAAGAGAUUAAUUUUAAGGUACCUUUCUAUGCUGUGUAAAGUCUGCUGCAUGCUAUAGGCUCUGCGGGAGUGGACAGCCUCUCCCCCCAGUGACCCUCUUUCUCACCCAACACCUCGUUCCUCCUUAACAUGCUGAGGACAUUUUGUGGCACACACCCUCCUUUCUGCGUGUUCACAUUAAUUAGGACGUAGAGAAGUGUCACUGUUCAGACAUUUGUACCAGGCCUUCUCCAUCCAGCCCUGACACAGUACCCACUUAGCCGUCCCGUGUGUAGGAGGCACUUCUGCCCGCCAUCCCCUUCCUUAGGCACCACCAGUAAGGAGCAGUCUCUCUGCACUUAGGCUGACCAGGGCAGCCACCAGACAUGAGCAGCCUCUUGUAUCCAGAGCCUCUAGCUUUGACGUGCUCCGGCUCCCAGCCCAAGCUGGCUCUGGGCGCGGUCUGCCCAGGGGCCGGCUAGCUGGUGUAGGGACCUGCUUCCCUUGUGGCCCCUCAUGCAUGUCGGGGCCCAGACGCAUGCCGGGCCCGGCAGCCCCAAAGUUGUAACAGCUACACUUGUCUGAGCCCCUGGUAGUAGCCGAGCUUGGUAUCGUGGCCACUGUUAAAGAAAGACCUGGGACCUCCUUGGCCCCCUUUCAACGCCCAUGCACCACCCUGCACCCAGGAGAGCCAGGCCCUGCCCCUGGGCCAGUGAUGGGGCCCUGCCUGACGGUGGCAGGGAGGGGACCUGGCGGGGCGGUCACAGUGCUGCUUCAACCCCAUCCUGGGCCCCUAGGCCCGAAGUAGAGCAUCAGAUGCGGACGGGGCCAAGAGCUCAAGGUGCUGAGGGUGGGGCUCUGGGCCCCAGAGGCGGGCCAGCCGUGCAGUCACGUGCUGUCUGGGUUUGGGGCGUUUCACGUGGUAAGGACAAAUAAUCUCGCACAGGAAAAAGACCCUUUGGCUGCGCGGUUAGUUACCCUCCUGUCUGUGUGUGGGGCCCGAGCUCCCCGCCAUGCACACAGCUAGCACAGGGCUCCGAUGCGAGCCGCCCUCGCUCCCCCAGAGCCACCACUUCCUGCCGGUCCUGGCUGCAGCGGUUUGGGGUCAGCUGCAGUGCAGGGUUUGCCCACUGCCCAUGCACGUGAGGGCAGGCUGUGGGGCCUCUCCUCAGAGCAGCCCUUGGCUUUUCCUGCCAACCCCCAACAGAUGUCCGGCUGAGCCAGGCAUGGUCGUGGACGCGGGUCAGAUGUCAGCAGGCCUUGAGGGGCUGUACUAAGUUUAAGAAGUAAGAAAGUUACCGUUGCCCUUUGCUCACUUGGGCUCUCGUUUCUCAUCCCAGCUUUUCCUGGGAAGUUCUUAGAACUUGCUGGCCUACCCCCCCUCCCCCCCGUCCCCCAGGAUUUCUGCAGCUCUGAAAUGGACGUGUCACAGGCUGAUGUUCCUGGCUAGGUAUUUUUCGUUUGUGAGAAAGGACGCUGUGAGUAUAGAGUUUAGAACUGUUUCUCUUGGGGCUCAUGUCACUGGACUCAGCCGAGGCUUCCGUUGGCCCUCUCGUUCGCAGCGUGAUCCACACAGUCAGUUCUUGACAUGGGGCUCGGAGCCUGGCUCUGGCCGUAGGUGCCAGCCCAGAGACCUGCCUGCACGCCCCGCAGACGGGGAUGUGUGGAGUGCAGUUCCCACACCCCUGGGUCAGUGCAUGUGCGUGUGCGCAUCUGGAAACCGACAGGCGUCUGGAGAUGCUGAUGUGCGGGGUCUCCAGUGUGGCCUCGUCACUUCUCUGUAGAGGCCGACGUCUCAGACCUGCCCUAUGGAGUUGGCUGCGCGAAUGGGCCGUCUGAGUGUGGGGGUCAUUGCUCGUUAAAGUCCCACUGAGAAAACAGCCCCCCUUGUCAGCUCUGCAGAAGGCGGUUAAGACUUUGAGUUCCUAAAAGUUUACGGCAGGCACCAAUCAUAGUAUCAAUCGAAAUUUUGUUGAAAAUAUUAUUAAUUUGAUUGCUGGGGUUUUUUUUGGCAGGGAGGGUUGUUUUGUUUUCCUGCUGGUGACAUCAGGAAAGAGCUGAACGAAACCAGGGUAGACUGACUCGGCAGUGACUUCAGCGCGUCUUCUCCAGAAACGCGCCCCCCCCACCGCUGGCCCUGCCAGGUGUGUGCAGGUGACCUUUUCAGCUGCCAAGUGUCCUUCACUAUUGUUUCUGCUCACUUUCGCGAGCCGCUGUCUGCUUUCAGAAGGAAAGCAUGACUCUCAAACACCUCCAGACACCCAGAAUGUAGCAUCAGAGACGGCCCUGCACCCUAAGGACCCCCAUACCCAAAUGUCCCUCCGUGCGGGUGUCGUUUCCGAGCCCUGGGGGCUGCGGGCUCUUCUCCUGUGGGGCCGAGAUGGGCGGUGCUGUUGGUCCAGCGGGCCAGACUCCGAGCAGUAGCCUCUCGCCUGCCUCACGGGCCCCGCUGCCGUCGGUUGCCGGAGCUGCUGUGUGCUUAGUUCUCUGUUUCGCAGGGAGAGGAGCUCGUUUCCUCUUGACACCGUGCGCAUCCUCCCUAGCACAUGUCCUCACUUGGCUUUUGUCCCUACCUCUGCGGUGAGUGCCCGAAACCGUGGCUACCGGCCUAGGUGAGACUGAGUUCUGUCUGGAGCAGGGGUGGAGGAGAGGCAGUGGGUGGGACCCGGAGGACAGCCAUGAUAGUCGCUGGCUGGGGAGCUGGGCUGGGUCAUGCAAGUGAGGACUGGCCCACACUGCCUGGGCUGUGGCCUGUGCACGUGCUCAGAAGGGCUCAGAGAGGGGCCUGCUCGGAGGGUGGUGGCAACUGAAGGUGGCCUGGAAGGUUCAGGGGCCCCGUUCUCCUGUGAGCCGGUCACUUUAAUGCAGUUGAAGGAACCCCCGCCCGCCUGCUCGCCCCCACCCCAGGGCUUCUGGGAGCAUCCAGCCCUGGACAACCGCUGCAGUUCCCGCUGCUAGCGCAGGGCGCACCCCGCCGUCACGGCCCCGCCACAGGUGGUUUGGCUCUGAGCUAAGUGGGGCUGCGGCAGAGUGGCCAUCAGUGGGGUUUCAGCUCACGCUGCACCACCACCCUGACCCCACCGCCCUGGGAGCCAGUAGGGCCGUGAUGGGUGUGUCCCGGAGCCUGGCCUGGAGCUGACUGUCCACUUCGAAAGGGAAUGCGAGGACUGGCUUGAGAUGUAUAGUUAAGUUUUUUAAACUGCUACAUUGUACAUCUGAAUUAAAGAAAAAAAUUAAACCCUGAA